AUAUUGAAGAAGUAAGGAAGUUGUACCUCUCACUGCGAGCUAUUUUGCGGCUGCGAGCGGACUCCUACAACAUCGGUCGCCAUAUACAAACACUCUCCUGCGCGGCCUUUUUCCCGCUAAUAUUCCGCGCCGCCAUGAACCCCUUGACGAAUGUCAAGAACAUUCAAAAGCUGAGUGAGAGAGAACUGGAGUUGGGUGUCAACUUCAAGCACUCAUGGCACCAGCAGUACAGGGACAGUGCCUGGGUAUUCAUUGGGGGACUCAACUUUGAGCUCAGUGAGGGAGACAUUAUAUGUGUGUUCUCUCAGUAUGGCGAGAUUGUCAACAUCAAUUUGGUCCGAGACAAAAAGACUGGCAAGAGCAAAGGUUUUGCCUUCUUGUGUUACGAAGAUCAACGCUCCACAAUCCUCGCUGUGGAUAACUUCAAUGGAAUCAGACUUGCUGGGCGCACCAUCCGUGUGGACCACGUGGAGGAAUACAAGGUGCCCAAGAUGACCGAGGACAUGAUGCCUGAGCAGCAGCAACUUGCUCUGGAGGGCUGUGCCCCCCAGGCGGUGGCCCCCAGUGCCUCUCCUGACACCAAGGAAGACCCACCACUGAAAGAAGAAAAGCCUGUAAUCAAGAAAGAGAAGAGUGAGAAAGUUAAAGUAAAAAAGGAGAAAAAGAAAAAGAAGAAGAAGAAGAAAAAGGUAUCCUCCUCCUCCUCCUCAAGCAGCCUGUCGUCCUCUGAUGAUUCUGAAAAUAAUGAGAAAAAGAAGAAAAAGAAAAAGAAGAAGAAGAAAAGGAAGAAGAAGGUAAAGGAGGAAUCACACAGUAGUAGCGAUGACUCAGAUGACGAGGAUAGCAGGAAGGCAAAGAAGAGCCGGGUGAAGGAGAAAACAGAAUCUCCCCCAGUGGUUAUAAAGGAGGAGAAAAGAGACACCGGCUACGACAAAUACGAACACCUGGACUCCGAUUCAGACGACGACUCGGAAGACGAACACCGCCCCAAGUCCUCCAGAGACAGCGACCGAGGGCAGGACAGGUACAGGGAAAGAGACAGGUACAGAGACCAAGACAGGUAUUCAGACAGGUACAGGGAUCAAGACCGGUACAGAGACCACAGCCGGGAGAGGGACGACAGCCUCCUCAGGGACAGCAGGGAGAGGGACAGGGAGAGGAGACACGACAGGUACAGGGACAGGGACGAGAGCUAUGGGUACAGAGAUGACCGGGACAGGAUGAGGGAGCACAGCCACUGGGGGGAAGGCUCAGAUGGACGGUACAGGGGCAGGGGCAGAGGGAGGUACUUUGAUGGACGCGGACGACACUACAACAACUACAAUAGGAGGGGAAUGUUCAACAGAGGAGGAAGGAUUGGAGGAAGGGGAAGGUUCAGGUUCAGAGGGAGACGAUAAAGAGCCAACAAAGAAAGAUACAGAAUGGAAUGAGAUCAAGAAGUUUGUGAGAGGAAUGCAGUCAUAUGGCAGAAAAUGAGUAAUGGUGAAAAAAGACAUGGUUAUGCUUUAAAUGGGGAAUUACUCCAGGAAAAAAAUGUAAUGGAGACAUGAUAUUUAGAAAGGACAUUCAUAGAGGGAGUAGUCAGGUCAGAAAUUGUCUGUAAAUUAUAGCAGAAAUUAUAUUUGGAUCUGUAAAAUAAUUGGAUAAAUCAUGGCUUUGUUUCAUGUCUCACUGUGGAAAGUUUUAUUAAGUUGUAGAAAAAACUAAAGGAAAUGGACAUUUUAGAGUGAAUAUUUUUUCAUCAUUAUUAGUGGACUAUAGGUAGCUUGAGUCCAUUGAUGAAUUUAAGGAAAGUAACAGUUUAUGUGUCAAAAAAGAAUAUCUUGCAUGCCAUUUUCCUCUGUGGUAGGUCUGUAAUCUCAUAACCCUUUUGUUUGUUUUUUCUCACCCUCAUGACUUGACACUUGACACUAAAUAUUUUAUGUGCUAAGAAUGCAACCAUAGAAUCACUGUCUCACUGUAGCAUAUACUUCAAACCUGUUCUUGCAGUUCCUUCAUCCUCCCCAGGCUCAGCUUGUAGCAAGCCUUCUCACCUCAUUGAAACCCCUCAUUCCCCGGGGACUUUUCACCCAUCAGUAAUCCUCAUAUUCUUUUAACAUCCUUCAGAGUCCUCAGCUCCCAGCAGCCUCCUCAUCCCCUAAUACUUGUCUUGUCAAUCCUUUAGCAGCUCCUUCAUCAAGCCCUACUCUCUUUCCGAUUCUCAAAGUCCCCUGAGUAGUGCCAGCCUCCAGGUACCUGUCCCUUGCCAGACUCCUUCCUAACCCCCAGCUGUCCCCUUAAUCUCAUCAGCCCUCUUGUGUUGCCUUUACCAAGCUGUACAAUUAGAACACAAUGCUUGAUAUUUAUAUUGGAGUGACCUGAGCCUAUUAAAGAUCAUGCCAGUAUUUUAAUUAACAUAAGUUUGUUCAAAUUAACAUGAUAGAUAAGUUCCUUCCAUAUGUCCCCCCUGUUGCAUGUCAUAUGGCAUGCCAGCUGAUUGUUUUUGAUAGUGGAAAUGCAUUUAAUUGGUAGUUUCUAGAUAAAAUGUAUGUUAAUCAUGUUAUCUUGGACAGACUGACAAAGGGGUUGUGCUUCACAUCUGGUCACAUUGCUCCCAGAGGUGCAUCACUUAAUUUUUCUAAGGGCAUUCAGUAAAGAAUCUUGCUCCUGUUUUCAUUUAUGUUAAAUGUGUGAAAAAAAAUAUACUGAAAUCAUGAACA